AUGCUCGUCUUAAUCGCCGGAAUAUCUGGCAGUCGCCUAGCAAUAGUUACCAAAGAGCGCGGCCUAUCUGUUAGGGGCCUAGGACGCGAUCCCUCGAGAUUGAGUCCUGAGCUCGCCCAGAGUCUCGAAUUCUUCGUCACAAGUCGCAACUAUUACGACAUUCCGGCUCUAGACAAAGCCAUAGCCGGCGUCGAUGCGAUUAUCUGCGCCUACAACCCGACACCUCUCCUGGAUCUCGACGGAAGUCUCUUACUCCGGGCUGCCGAGCGGGCAAACGUCAAGAUCAAGUUUGGCGAUUUUGAGCAUUACGAUGCUCACAUUGCCUUUGAGCAGCAGGCCGCUAUGACUAGCUUAAUCAAACCGGUCUACCUUUUCACAGGAGUCUUUGCCGACCUCUUAUUCACCCCUUACGGACCGGGAGGUUUCGAUGCUUCUGGCGACAUCCCUCAAAUGCGCUACUGGGGCGAGGGGAACAAGAAAUUGCAUCCCUGGACAGCGCAGGAUGACGUUGCUGCAUGGACGAUUGAGAUUCUGAUCAACGGGGACGGCGUUCAAGAGGGCAAGGGAGGGAGGCUGGCGAUGGCAUAUGAAGAGGCCACGCGCACCUUUGUUGAAUUCAAGCGUCAAGGCACCCUGGAGAUGCUUGCGGAAGAAAUUGCCAGACUGCGCAGAGAAAAGGGAAGAGCUAGGAACUUUGAGUAUCUCCCAGAGGUUGUCGCAUUCUUGUACGACCAGGGACUAUUCGAGGUACCGGCUAGUGAAAUCACUGCUUUGGGACAUGUUCGCAAGCCCACGAGUCUGGAAGAACACCUCAAGGUUCGGUUCGAAAGCUAA